AAAAUCCGUAUCUGUAUAAAAGGGUUGAGUGCAACUAAUCAAGAAACGGUGCUUCCUGGUACUUUGUAGAAUUCAUCCCAAAUCGACUCUUUCUCUAGUGGUAAUACUUCAUCGUAUCAUAUGACGUGAUAGGCUCUUCUCAUGUAAGAAUUCCUCCUCCCUUACCAUGGUCUCUCAUCUUUUAAUUUGCCCACCCUGUCCAUAGUCUGCGCCCUCGUAACCAAGUCUCUAAACCCGCUACCUCAUCCAUCGGUUCCCAGCUGCCACCCGUCUGGUGCCCUGCAUGCCAUCCUUAGCCGACCAUGUUGCCAGCACUGACAUAGCACACCAGCUAUCUAUUUGAUCUAGGUCGAGGUGGUCAGAAUCGACCAACCGGUUUUGGGAGUCGGACGUGGGGAGAUGAUGGUGCAAACGAGGCAGCUAGAGGUCAGGGAAGAGCAGCGUGGCCUAGGCUGUGUGGAAUGGAGAAGUAGAGAGCUUGCAAAAGAAGAGAGACCACGUGAACAGCUUGCGAAGGCUGCACCGUUGAAGUCUGGACCCUCCGAAAUAUGAGAAAACUUGGGAACUACAGCAUUCAACUACAAAAUGAGCGACUCAGCGGACAAAAUCUACAUGGAAGAUGCAGAUGGAAACUGUUCGAUGAUACCGCAGUUAAGAUCGGCAUCGAGAGAAGAGUCAAGUGAUCAGCAUGGCAGCGGAGUUGAACUGACCGAUAACGCAAAGAAGGGCAUGGCGGGUGAAGAAUCAUCCGUUGACAGGAUGUUCUUGGUGUCGACAGAAACUGCAUUAGAAGACAACACAAAGAAGGGAGGUGGUAUGGCAAAGCCUAAAAAACAGAGAAACCCUCCACCAAAUACAAUGUCCAUUUUGUCACUUGCAGACGAUCCAGUUGAUACCUCCUCACGAGAGAAGAUGCUCCGCCAGCUCCGCGCUGGGGUGCUAUUAAACAAAAGGAAAAUGAUGUACAAGCUUGACUUAGAUAUGAACAACAUAUUCAUGAUAUUACCAAGAGGCCUUGCAAUCACGUCGGGUAGCGACAGUAGGUACUGGAGUUGGAAACAGGACGAACAUAACAGCGCUAUCGAAGUGGCCGAGCUGGAAGCCGUAGGUUGGCUAGAUAUUUCAGGAAAGUUUCGAACAGUGGACCUUUCACCCAACAUAGAUUAUAAAAUCGUUCUUGACUUUAAGAUGGAAAGUAGCAUCUAUGGGUUUCCCGUGCCAGUGAACUUCAACAUCGCACUUCCUGACGGAACCAAGCGAACCGGCACGGUAGAUUUUGCGGCAUAUGCAAGAGGAUCAUGCCAGAAUCUCAUUCUACACAAAUUCAAGAUGUCCCCGAAAAAUGUGGGGCAAGUCGAAUUUCGAAUUUAUGAAGUUGUCACGGGGCAAUGGAAGGGUGGGCUUGUCAUCAGAGCCGUUUCACUCAUGCCAAUAGCUGAUAAUUGCAUCGGCUCACAUCGACAACAAGGUGAAAGAAUGGAAGAUCAGAAGAUGGAGAAGGGAAAUUGGUCAAGAAAACAGAAAAGUCAAAACAACCACCCACAAUCGUGGGCCAUUUUGACACGUGCCGAUGCAGUUGAAGGAUCAUCAGCAGAUGGGCUCCAUGCUCGGCUUGAAGAGGGAGUGCUAUUGGACAGAAAAACCAAGAAGUACAUGAUUGAUGCUGCAUCGAACAAGAACAUGUUCAUGGUGUUAGCAAGAGGUUUUGCAAUUGCAUGGGGAAACGAUACUAGGUAUUGGACUUGGAAACCGGACAAACGUAACAGGGAAGAAGAAUUGGCCCGACUAAAAGCUGUUUGUUGGCUCGAUAUUGCGGGCAAUCUCCAGACAAUUGACCUCUCUCCAGAAACAGAAUAUGAAAUCGUUCUCCAUGUCAAGAUCGGGAGAAGAAGUUUUGGAUUCUUCAUCCCAAUUAACUUCAAGAUAACAUUGGCAGAUGGAACUCAAUGGGAGGACUCGGUAGAUCUCAGUGCAUAUGCAAAAGGUUCAUGGCAUGAUAUUGCACUUCAUAAAUUUAAAACGCCAUCCAAUAAUGCAGGAGAAGUGGAAUUUCGCAUUUAUGAACAUAGUGGGCACUGGAAGGGUGGGCUAGUCCUUAGAGGAGUCUCAUUUAAGCCAAAAUGAGAUGCCGUCAUAGGUGAACAGCCAAGUAUGGUAUACCAUGUUGUACAUAUCGACAUCGACCUAGUAAGAUAGUUGAUGAUAUUGCUUUAGUCAU